UCGAUUACUUGUGAAGGAAAUAAACAAUUUUGACAUGUAUUGUGUUAGUAGCAACUUCACAACGCAGUAAAUACUGUGUGGAGCUGCGGACUCCUGUCGAUCGUAAUCGGGUUCAAAUCAAAUCUAUUUGUCGACAGACCCAGCUUGUAAGGCAGGUGUGCAUUCAAUGCGUAGGUUUUACAACCGUCAGCAUGUUCAAGAUGGAGUUCUCAUACUUGUGGACAAUCUUGGGAUGCUUGGCCUUUUUGCGGGGUCUAUUACCACUCGAAAUCGCUGAGGCUAUUAACAGGGGGCUUCGAAGGUUGAAUUCUCAUUGGAUGCCCUACGUCGUAUUUGAGAUUCCAGAAUUCGAAGGUGCCAGUAUCAACGAGCUCUACAAAAACGUGCAGCUCCACUUGACUGCGAAGGGGCUUUGUCGAAGUGCUCGCAAAACCGUGCUCUGCAGGAUGAAGAACUCCGCCAACACAAUCUCUACCCUCGCAGGAGGUGAAGCAGUGAUGGAGACCUUCGAAGGUGCCAAAAUCUGGUGGACGCACACAGUGCACGGAAACAAAGCAACCGAUGGCAGCAGCCAAGACCAGCGAUCGUAUACAAUGAAGGUGCACAAACACGACAGAGAUAGAGUUAUCUCGGCGUACCUUGACGUAAUCCGUGAGAACGCUUACAACUUCCAACAUAAAAACAGAGAGAUGCUUCUCUACUCGAACAACCGGUCGACAUACUCCUCAGGCAGGCACCUCUGGCAAGCUGUGCAUUUCAAGCAUCCGUCCACCUUCGACACAUUAGCCAUGGACUCGUCACAGCUUCAAUCCGUAAAAGCAGAUCUCGAUUCUUUCGUAGCCGGAAAGGAGUAUUUCCAGCGAGUAGGCCGGCCGUGGAAGCGUGGCUACUUGUUAUACGGACCUGCGGGAUCGGGAAAAUCUAGCAUGAUAGCCGCCAUUGCCAACUACCUCAAGUGGGACGUCUUCGACUUGGAACUUACUCAGGUCCGCAGCAACUCCGAGCUGAAGCAGCUACUCAUUCAAACGACGAACAAGUCCGUUAUCGUCAUCGAAGACAUCGACUGCUCCGUCUGCCUUGCUCACCCGCGCUUACGGCGCAAGAAACCGUCCUAUUAUGAAACAUCGUCUCUGGAAUCCUCAGAAGAGGGGACUCCAGAGGGGGUCGAGAAGAGAAUAACGCUUUCUGGCCUUCUCAACUUCACCGACGGGCUGUGGUCGUGCUGCGGCAAUGAACGCAUAUUGAUCUUCACGACCAACCACAUUGAGAAACUGGACGACGCACUGCUCCGCCCAGGCCGCAUGGACCUCCACAUCCACAUGUCGUUCUGCACGUAUGCCGCGUUCAAGACUCUGGUGCUCAAUUACUUGAUGGUAGACAGUCAUCUCCUUUUUCCCAAGGUGGAAACGCUAUUGCGAAGCGGCGCCAAGGUGACGCCCGCGCAAGUGAGCGAGAUUAUGAUCCAACGUAGAGACAACCCCAGCGGCGCCCUGGAGGAGUUGGUCUCCUCCCUGGAACACCAGAUCCUAAGCACCGGCAAAAUCCACCCAGAAUCACACAAAUCCACAUAUUAAGCUAGAAGAAUCUCGAUUCCCGACGGCCCGUCACCAUCGGCGCAAUGCAAUCACUAGUCAACCAGCAGCAGCAGAUGCGUCUGUCGGAAUGUGAUUGCCGUUACAAGAUUAUGUCAACUGUAUUGUUCAACAACAAAUGUGUCCUUGGCUUAUAGUUUCUGGAAGCGAUCGCCGAGAUCGUGGGUACAUGGUUCGGUGAACACGGCCUUCAUUUCGCACGCUCAAUCUGGAUCUAGCAACACGGUGCAGUGGAUCCGACAACGCGCACGAGGGUCUCAGUCGACUAACUGGGUGCAACUUGACUCUCUCGUGCCCUUUGCACCCUCAGGCCCCCCUCCCCACCGCGAAACUUCAUCCAUCGUAUGUCCACUUUUCCGUCCAUGAUGAAGAUACUUCAUCCAAUAUAGCACCUAAUUAUGCAUUACAAUCUUCACUGCUCCCCAAACUAAUGAGUCAAGCAAAAAAGAAAUAAAUAAAAUAAAUUAAUUAAAAACCUCUUUUCUUGCACCUCAAUAUUAUAAUUCUCUCUGCAGGUCUAUAUACUACUAGAAUUUAAAUCAUCCAAUUGUAUUGCCCACUUUUAUUAGCAUUUUACAUGUUGUAAUCAAAUAUUUUGUCGAUAUCACAUAUAAGUAAUGCUGAAGCUGGUGGUUACGAUGGCAA